AUGGGUACUGCCCUUCGUACAAUCAACAGCUCAGAGUUCCAAGUGUCUGAGUUCAUCCUGCUGGGAUUCCCAGGCAUUCAUGAGUUCCAGCACUGGUUCUCCUUGCCUAUGGCUCUGCUUUACAUUGUAGCUCUUGGUGCUAAUCUCCUUGUCUUGAUCACCAUCUACCGUGAGCCUAACCUGCAUCAGCCAAUGUAUCAGUUUCUUGGUAUCUUGGCUGCAGUAGAUAUUGGUUUGGCUACCACCAGCGUGCCCAAGAUCGUGGCCAUUCUGUGGUUUGAUGCCAAGGCCAUCAGCCUCCCCGGGUGUUUUUCUCAGAUCUAUGCUAUCCACUCUUUUAUGUGCAUGGAAUCAGGCAUUUUCCUAUGCAUGGCAGUGGAUAGAUAUGUAGCCAUUUGUUAUCCUCUUCGGUAUCCUGCCAUAGUUACUCAACCUUUUAUAAUCAAAGCCACUCUAUCCAUGCUGCUCAGAAAUGGUCUGUUAACCAUCCCAGUGCCUGUACUAGCCGCCCAGAGACAAUACUGCUCCAGGAAUGAAAUUGAUCACUGCCUUUGCUCCAACCUGGGGGUUAUUAGUCUGGCCUGUGAUAAUAUCACGGUCAACAGGUUCUACCAGUUGGUCUUGGCCUGGUUUGUGGCUGGAAGUGACAUGAUUCUGGUCUUUGUUUCCUAUGCUUCGAUUGUUCGCUCAGUGCUGAGGCUGAACUCCACUGAAGCAGUAUCUAAGGCCCUCAGUACCUGUAGCUCCCACCUCAUUCUCAUUCUGUUUUACUACACAGCUAUUGUUAUAGUUUCUGUCACUCACCUAGCAGGAAGCAAGUUUCCCCUUAUCCCUGUUCUCCUCAAUGUGCUCCAUAUUGUUGUGCCCCCAUCUCUUAACCCCAUGAUAUAUGCCCUCAGGACACAGGAGCUGAGGCUGGGUUUCCGGAAGGUGUUUGGCUUGAGUGAGUAUGUGUCGAGGAAGUAA